AAAGUGGGUAGUAGAGAGUGUAUAACUGUAUAAAGCAGGGAGACUCAGAUAGUGCUUUUGUAGUUGUAGAGAGACAGAGAAAGUGAGAGAAAGUGAGAGAAAAGAACAUGGCCUUGGUGUAUUAGCGUAAUGAAGAAAGAAAGAUCAACACAAAAGGAAUUGCAUUUCUGAAACUCUCUCUCUAUAUCUAUAAGUUUCUCUCUCCCUCUCUGAAGCUUCUGUUUCCAUUCCGAUCUUCCCUACCAAACCCUAGCUCUGCUUCACUUUUUCUCACUUGAAGAAGCUAAAAAUACCCCCCCUUUUUUUCAUGGAAAAGCUCUGAUUUGUUGAGAAUUUGUUAAUUGGAUUUUCACUUCUGCGAGAAUUGGAGCUCUAAUGGUGGGAAUCUGAGCUUUGGGUUUCGAGUUUUUGUUCGCAGAACAAAUUUUUGGUGUUUUGUGAUGGCGAUGGAAGGUGCAUUGUCGUUCUCCGCGGCGUCUUUGGUGGAGGAUGUUCUUCAACAGCAUGGGAUUCGAUCCAGAGAUCUUGAUUUGGAGUCACGCAGAGCAGGGGAAGCCGCAACGAGGAGGUAUGAAGCAGCUGGGUGGCUGAGGAAGAUGGUUGGUGUAGUGGGAGCUAAAGACUUGCCAGCAGAGCCUUCCGAGGAUGAGUUUAGGCUCGGUUUGAGAAGUGGUUUAAUUCUUUGCAAUGUAAUCAAUAAAGUUCAACCCGGUGCUGUGCCAAAGGUGGUAGAGAGUCCAUGCGAUUCUACUCUUAUACCUGAUGGGGCAGCUUUGUCAGCAUAUCAGUAUUUUGAGAAUGUGAGGAACUUUCUUGUUGCUGUGCAAGAGAUGGGGCUUCCUACUUUUGAGGCAUCUGAUCUGGAACAAGGAGGGAAAUCUGCAAGGAUAGUGAACUGUGUUCUUGCACUUAAAUCCUACAGUGACUGGAAACAGACCGGCGGAAAUGGGGUAUGGAAAUUUGGGGGAAAUGUGAAACCUACAACAUCUGUAAAGCCUUUUGUGCGAAAAACUUCAGAGCCAUUCACAAAUUCAUUGUCAAGGAACUUGUCAACGAGUGAAAAAUCCUUGAAUACAAUAUCCCAUGACCUUGACUCUAAUAAUAAGUUGCAGCCUAAUUCUUCCUUGAGCAUGCUUGUUCGUGCAGUUCUAUUAGAUAAGAAGCCUGAUGAAGUUCCAACUCUGGUGGAAUCCGUGCUAAAUAAGGUUGUCGAGGAGUUUGAGCAUCGCAUUUCAAGCCAAGUUGAAUUGAAGAAAACAAGUCCAAAAGAUCUGGCCACUUCUCAAAGGAAUGCAUCUCUUUUAAAACAUGCUUCUGGUGAUUUGAAGAUAGAAGACAAAAAUGUAGCUCGGAUUAAGAUGGAGCAAUGCUUUCGUAAAAACAACUCUGAUGAGGAGUCAAAGAAACAAUUGCUGAAGCAGAAAACAAUCUUUGACCAACAAGAGAGAGAUAUUAAGGAGCUGAAGCAAACCCUUCAUACUACAAAAGCUGGAAUGCAGUUUAUGCAAAAGAAGGUCCAUGAGGAGAUGCAGAAUCUUGGUGUACAUAUUUAUGGCCUUGCACAUGCAGCAUCUGGAUAUCAUAAAGUUCUUGAGGAGAAUCGUAAGUUGUACAAUCAAGUGCAGGAUCUUAAAGGAAGUAUUAGGGUUUAUUGUCGAGUAAGACCUUUCUUACCUGGACAAUCAAACUAUUCAAGUUCCGUGGAUUGCAUUGAAGAAGGAACUAUUACUAUAAAUACCCCAUCAAAAUAUGGAAAGGGACGUCGAUCCUUCAACUUCAACAAAGUUUUUGGGCCCUCAGCAACCCAAGGGGAGGUAUUUUCAGAUACCCAACAGCUGAUUCGAUCUGUUCUGGAUGGUUAUAAUGUAUGUAUAUUUGCAUAUGGCCAGACUGGAUCAGGAAAAACUUUUACAAUGACUGGACCGAAGGAGCUUACAGAGCAAAAUAAAGGUGUAAAUUACAGAGCGUUGGGUGAUUUGUUUCUUCUCGCAGAGCAAAGGAAGAGCACAUUUCGCUAUGAUGUUUCUGUUCAGAUGAUUGAGAUUUACAAUGAGCAAGUUAGAGAUCUCCUUGUUACUGACGGUCUUAACAAAAGAUUAGAAAUCCGCAACAGUUCUCAGACAGGUCUCAAUGUGCCAGAUGCAAGCCUUGUUCAAGUGAAAUCAACAUCUGAUGUUAUUGACUUGAUGAACAUAGGACAAAGGAAUCGUGCAGUGGGUGCAACAGCCCUCAACGACCGCAGUAGUCGCUCUCAUAGUUGCUUGACGGUUCAUGUCCAUGGAAGAGACUUGACAUCUGGAACUAUUCUUCGUGGCUGUAUGCAUUUAGUUGAUUUGGCAGGAAGUGAGAGGGUAGACAAAUCUGAAGUGACCGGAGAUAGACUAAAAGAAGCACAACACAUUAACAAAUCCCUCUCUGCUCUAGGGGAUGUGAUCUCUUCCCUGGCCCAAAAGAAUUCACAUGUUCCCUACAGAAAUAGCAAACUCACACAACUCCUACAGGACUCACUUGGAGGGCAGGCCAAGACACUAAUGUUUGUUCACAUAAGUCCCGAGUCUGAUGCUCUUGGAGAAACAAUAAGUACACUCAAAUUUGCAGAGCGGGUUGCGACUGUUGAACUUGGUGCAGCCCGAAUUAACAAAGACAGUGCAGAUGUUAAAGAGCUGAAAGAACAGAUUGCUAGUCUAAGGGCAGCCUUAACACGGAAAGAGGGGGCAAUGGAACCCAUGCAGCAUGCUGUAUCUGGCAGCCCAUGCAGCAUAGUGUCCUCUCCUUCUUACCCACAGGGAGGAGAUAUGUUGGCCGAUCACACAAGUCAUAGGAAACCAAUGGGAGAUGUGGGCAACAUAGAGGUUCGGAACAACUCCACCUUGAGGCAAAAGAUGAAAAGCUUUGAUCUUGAUGAGCUGUUAGGAAAUUCCCCUCCCUGGCCUCCAGUGAGUAAUACUGAUCAAAUUUACGGGGAGGAUGAUAAAGAAAUGGGCUCAGGUGAGUGGGUGGACAAGGUCAUGGUGAACAAGCAAGAUGCUUUACGUGGAAAUGGGAACCCUUUAGGAUGUUGGGAAGCGGACAAUGGGCAUAUGUCUGAUAUUUUCUACCAGAAAUAUCUCUCAGAUUCUUCCAAAAUUUACCCGGAACAAUCAUACAACAUAUUCGCAGGAAACAAUCAAUUUGACAUUGCUACUUCUGAUUAUUUGGAUGAGAUUGAUGCUGGCACCAGUGACUCAUCGGAGCCAGAUUUACUUUGGCAAUUCAAUCAUGCGAAACUGACGAGCAUAACCAAUGCGGUUGGCUCAAGGACCCAAAAAUCAAAUUCAAAGCCUGCGAAGAGCCCAGAACUAAGUAGGAAUAUGGUUCCUAAAGUAGGCCCUUCGCCAUCUCGGAAACAAUCAAAUGGGGUUGGCACCCCUCUGCAGAGGAAUGGUAGGCAGACCCCUGCUGAAAUGAAACGGAAAGCUGGGAAUAGAAAGUAAGAAAUUUGUUAGGUACCUGUGAGGAAGGUGUAUUCUUUCUUUUUUAUUUUAUUUUUUCUUUUUGUAAUUUGAGAGUGAGAGAGGUUUCAUGAUAUAGGUUUUUUUUUCUUCUUUUGGGUUGGUUAAUUUUUUUAUUUUAUUAUAUACGUCUUUGCAGCAAUAGUUCAGUUGCUUGUAUUUGUUUAUAAUAUCACACUAAAAAAAUAAAAAAUAAAAAAAGAAUUCAAAUUA